UUUUGACUUCUUCAUUCACAAAGAAGACAAGUUGUCGGAUUCUAGAGCUACCUGUGGAAAAUGCUAGCCCAGCAGUUGCAGGCGCUGGGACUAAAAUAGUUUUAGUUGCAUGUUGCAAGAACAUCUUGUUCAAAGUACGUGCUGAAUUGUUUUUCCCUCGUUGCUGCUCGGUAGAGAACAAGAUUCCCAAUAAAUUUAUUCUCACAGGAUUUUCUACUGUGAUUCACCUUCAUCACACUACGACCCUGGCUGUAUUCUUUUCCUACUCAUCUCGGGUAGGAAAAAGAAAAAAGUACCGCACCAUCGCAAUCAGCAACAGCACCACAUCAGCGAAUUGGGCUGUUCAUUGAUUUUGUUUCCAUAAAUCGUCCUCCAGAAGCAAGAAGUCGAAGUUGCAGAGUUCUUGUAGUCACGUCUUGCUUUACCUACUAAUACUAUACCAACAGCAGUAUCAACAUCAUGCUCUCCUACAUCUGCCGUUCCACCGCUGCCGUCGCGCUGAUCGCCACGGCGACCCCGGGCGCAGUUCGCGGAGCUGACCCAGCGACGCGUCAGGAGCCGCCCGGCUUCCUGGCAAAACGUGUCCGUCAGGCGGAGCCGCUUUCUAUCGAAAUCGAUGAGCAGGGCGGGAAUGCGAAUGCGAACGAACAACGCGACAUGCCUUCUGCGCCGACAACCGGUUUUCUCGCCGACGACGCGUCUUUUGCGGAACAUCAAACCGUGAUGGCCGGAAGCGAGCCGCCUUCGCCGGUGCCGGAUUUGGUUGCCGAAGGGCAGGCUGUGAUCGUGACCGACCGCGGCACCACUGCUGACGACGAGGAGCACUCUUUUGCUUAUCUUCCGGAGCAUCCGACUUCCGACGGCACGAGUGGCUCCGCAGUGUCCUCGUCGUACCUGUUUCUCGACCAUCAGCAGGAGCAGGCGAAGCAGCACGCGAUUCCCCCCUCCGCUCGCGAGGCUCGCAACUAUCGUGGGUGGGCUUGGUGGGAGUACCUCCCGCAGAUCGAUGCUGGGCCAGAUGGCCAGCCGCUGUACGGCCGCGAGGCGUUUUUCGAUUACGAUUCCUAUCCCGAAGGCGUGUUUGUUCCGGCAAUUGAGCAGUCUAAACCCGAAUUCGGGUUCAAGUACGCGUACAAGUGCUACGGCGGAAUUCCCGUGUUCGGUGGCAACGACGACGGUCGGUGGUUGGAAAACUGUGCAGUGUGUAACGCUGGUUACAUUCUUGGGAAUCGAGAACUCGAGCCCGCGAAGGGCUUUGAUGCACAAGCCCGGUGCUUUCCUUUGCAUCAGGAGCAGUGGGUUUCGUACUUUCCCAAGCCGGAACUUUUGCAAGGUCAGGGCUACACUCGGGGGAACAAAAAACUUCAGUGCCCGUUGGGGCUAACGCCCGGCAGGCUCGUUGGCGAUCGUCCGACCGUCUACGAAAAUGGUUUACGGGCGCAACCUCCUCAGAAGCAGGCGCCCGCCGCCCUGCUUAUUCCUAUCCCGCCUCAUGAUGGGACCGUUCCGUCUAUCCACGCUAAAUUUAUUCCCGUACACGAACACAUGCAGUCUCUGCAUGACAAAACUUGCCUCUCAUCCUGGUCAACAUGAAAAGCGUUUAAUUUGCCGAAAUUGGUAAUGCAUUUCGUGUUACAUGUACCUACGGGAAAUUUCUAGUGCAUAGCGUCGAUCCUCAAGGAUGUCGUUUGCUACGACAAAAACGUUCCGGAGUACAAGGAACUGUUCAAGCUUGCGGGGGAAGACCGGUCUCCGUCUCCGGGGAACGGGUAUCCUGAGUAAAAACGUACCCACACCAGAGUCAGGAUGGGGAUUUUGCAACACAAACCUAGGAGUUUUGUGAGUCACGCAUGACAAGUUGCACUCUGCAGCGUAGUGCAGGUUAGCAAGUGCAGCCGCAUCACAGAUUCAUCGGCUCAUCCUGUUCACAGCAUCACAAAUUCCAAAACACGACUGGAAAUGGCUCUCAUGGUGAUGCGCAUUACAAGUCUUCCUGUCUUUGCAAAUCUGCGUUACAACUCUGGCGUGGGUACGUUUUUACUCAGGAUAACGGGAACCAGAUGAACAUCCCUCCGGGGAACGGGAACCAGAACAUCAACUUCGACACUCCUGCUCCGGCACAACACGCACCCAAAAAACAACCCCAAAAACAAGGCUCUGGCCCUGAUGUGAAAGUCAAGGCCAAAUCAGCGUGCUGCUAGUAGCGCGAGCAACAGCUGCGGCGCAACAAGACGGAACUCAUUUCCAGCUUGUAUGUCGGAGUAUCUUGUUUUCCCGGGGAGGAUCCGAGUUGAACGGUAAAAAAUGAUGACGACGUGAUGUGUCCUCAAAUUUGAUGCAUUGUCGAGGCGGAGAAGUAUAAGUGAGCAGUUUUGGCCUGUUUAACCAUACAGGUAUUACUUCUGUCGUCAUAAUCUUUGAUGAAAUGACAUCGAUGCUCGUUUAAGUUUUGUCUCUAACUAUUCAUCGUUGAAAUGCUGAAAAAAAUCGUUUUUGUAUUUCUCAACUGAAAGUACGCUACGCCUACGUGAAUAUAAUCUCUAAGCCUAACCUAAACCUUGUUCAUCUGCCGUGGAUUACAAAGCAUCAACUCCUCGUCACCGUCCAGCGAUGAAGAUGGCCGAUGUGAUGCUGCAAAAUUUCGUUUAAUUUCAACUUUCAUUAGGUUCUGGUCUAGGUAGGUUUGUUUUAAGUAUAUAACUCACUGAUGUAUUAUUGCAAGAAAUAAUCAAUAUGUUAAGCAGGAGUGACUCAACACAAAAUUUCAAAUGGCUCACCAAUUCUCAUCUUCCAAGGCUCAUUGUGACGAAUUCCAAGUAAGUGAAGGGAUGUCCAUCGCUCCGACCUAUGCGAUGACGACGUUGUGGAUCAAGAACAUGCGAAACCUUUAUUUUCGUGAGUCAGAAGUCCCAGUCAU